GAGUACCAGUAACAUGAAGUGGACUCUGACUUUAACAAUUUUCUUAGCAGUUGUAAUUGGAGGUUGCAAUUGCAAGAUUGUGCAAUUCAUCUUUGGAGACUCUCUUUCAGAUGUUGGCAACAACAAUUUCCUCUCCAAAAGCCUUGCUCGCGCCAAUUUGCCAUGGUAUGGUAUUGAUUUUGGGAGUGGAUUACCUAAUGGUAGAUUUUGCAAUGGCCGUACUGUUGCUGAUAUAAUAGGUGAUGAAAUGGGGCUUCCAAGACCACCAGCUUAUCUUGAUCAAUCGUUAACAGAGGAUGUUAUACUAUCUAACGGAGUAAAUUUUGCCUCUGGUGGUGGUGGCAUUCUAAACGAGACAGGCAGUUUAUUUAUACAGAGGCUUUCCUUAUACAAGCAAAUAGAGUUGUUUCAAGGCAUACAAGACUUAAUUAGAGAAAAAAUUGGAAGCAAAGAAGCUAACAAAUUUUUCCAACAAGCAAGAUACGUGGUAGCACUAGGAAGUAAUGAUUUCAUCAACAAUUACUUAAUGCCAGUUUAUAAAGAUUCAUGGACGUACAAUGACAAAUCUUUCAUCCAGUACUUGAUGGACACUCAAAGGUCACAGCUUACAUUGUUGCAUAGUUUGGGGGCAAGGGAGUUGAUGGUGUUUGGGCUAGGGCCAAUGGGUUGUAUUCCACUUCAAAGGGUUCUAAGUACAGAUGGUCAGUGUCAAGACAAGACGAACCAACUGGCACUUGCUUUCAACAAAGUAACAAACGAACUUGUCGUAGAAUUGUCAAACACACUUGCGAAUGCUAGCUACAAAUUUGGAGAUGCUUAUGAUGUUGUCAACGAUGUCAUUACUAAUCCCGGCAAUUACGGUUUUAGUAACUCGGAUUCGCCAUGCUGCUCGUUUGGAAAAAUUAGGCCAGCAUUGACGUGUAACCCAGCAUCGACAUUGUGCAGCGAUAGAAGCAAAUAUGUGUUUUGGGAUGAAUACCACCCUUCUGAUAGUGCUAAUCAGUUAAUUGCUAAAGAGCUUAUCAAGAAACUCGGAUUUUUGAAGCCUAACCAAACUGAUGCUUCUCCUCCUACACCAGCUUUGGGCCCUUCUUCCGAUGAUGAUGGACAAUAGGUUUUCUUUUGACAUAAUAUACAAACGUGUCUUAAUUAACUUGGUCUUAGCUCACAUCUUUAAUUUGUCCUUUGACUUUGUGUGUACACAAUUUGACGAUGAAACUAUACUUAAAGUUGAACAAGUAUAUAGGAUGCGUGUAUGGCUACUUGUUCAACUUUUAUUAUUAUGAUAGUUUUUGUGUUAAAUCGUCCACAUCCAAAUUGAAAGACAUAUAUAGAUGUCAAUUGAAACAAAGUUACAUGCAAUUUAUGUAUUAUGACUUUUUUUUUUAACUUCCCAUCUUGAU